GCCGUCGGGAGCUCACAGGGGUCGGUCUCUCCGCGAACGCAGAGCCUACAGUUUUCACACCAUGUCCAGUUCAUCGCAAUAGUUUUUGGCGGAAGCUCCUUGCCACACCCGGUGGAGUGAUAUGGCCAACGUGGCUGGUGGCGGCACUAUCUUCGUAGCGUUCGCGCACUGCUCACAUCGGCACUCCGCUGCGCGCACAGGCGCGUUCGUCGCACAUGCUUCUGGGCCGCGUUCCGGGGCGGAUGCAUCGUCACGCAUGGGGCCAUCACCGCUGUUCUCACUGACUACAGUACUUCUGUUAUGCAUCUUUCAAGGAUGAAACUUCUCAGCUCCCAACUGAGGAUAGGCAUUUGCGCAGUGGUUCUGGUGGUAGUUGUUCUUCAUGAGGCAGCAGCGAGGGAUUUGCGACACGUGACCGAACCCAAGAUCCCAGCAGCCUGCGUGUCCCUGAGAGGGACUGGCGGGGACGAGACUGCAGUCCUCCAGAAAGCCCUCAACUCAUGCGGCAAAGGGAAAGCCGUCCAUCUGGCGUCCGGUAACUUCGUCUCCGGCCCGCUGACAAUCCCUUCCGGAGUUGGUCUGUGGAUCGAUGGCGGGGCGGUGCUGAAGGCCAGCUCGAACGCGAAGCUGUACGACAAGGGCAAGAACCUGUGCGGCACGGUGAACAAGGAGUACAAUGGCUGCAAUCCAUUCAUCCACAUGGUGAACGCGGUCGGCAGCGGGAUAUACGGCAAGGGGACUAUCGACGGCCAGGGUGGCGUCAAGCUGACGGGGAAGAGCCAGAGCUGGUGGGACCUGGCCCACGAGGCGCAGGUCAAGAACUUGAACCAGAACAAUCCCUUUCUGAUCGAAAUCGACAACUCGAAGGACAUCACCAUGUACCAGAUCACCAUCAAGAACGGACCAAACUUCCAAGUAGUGGUCAGCCAGACGUAUGGGUUCACGGCCUGGGGAGUCACCAUCGACACUCCUGCCUCGGCCCGCAAUACCGAUGGCAUCGACCCGGCAGGGUCCCAGAACGUGACGAUCACCCACUGCAGCAUCAGCACCGGGGAUGACAAUGUGGCCAUCAAGGGCGGCAAUGGAGCGGCCAGGUACAUGUCCAUAACGAACAACCACUUCGGAAGAGGGCAUGGCAUGUCUAUCGGUAGCGAAACCAAGGAUGGUGUCAGUGACAUAACAGUCGACACACUGACACUAGUGGGCUCAGAUAACGGGCUGCGAAUCAAGAGCGACCGCUCCCGUGGUGGCCUCGUCACUGGUGUUACUUACUCAAAUGUCUGCAUGCAGAAAGUCGCCCAUCCCAUCAUUCUGGACACGGAGUACAGUCACACUGCCUCCGGAAACUACAUACCAGAAUACAGGGGGAUCACGUUCAACAACAUUAGGGUGCUAACAGCAGGGACAUUCACCUUCGAUGGGUUCAGCGAUGCGAAACCCAUCCAGGUAACAUUGAAUAAUGUUCACAUCAAGAAAGGUUCUAAGUGGGUGGAAAAGCAUGCCAAGAUCAGUGGAAAGUACUCUGAAGAUGAGAAUAGCAACAGUUGCUAAUGAACAAUACAUUUUGUGGCGUACCGAGGUAUGCUUUUCACCUUCAGUAGAAUAACUCACAACUCAUAUCACCUUGGACAAAUAAAAUAAAUGAUACAUACAAAAUCAACCACUCCCAUUGUGACCAUAUAGCUGUACACAGUAAAAUUUUACCUGUAAAAAGAAAAAUAAAUAAAUGUUAUGAUUAAAAGUAA